AUGUCCCUUCUGUGGGCGAAGAUUUUCACAAUUUGGAUGGCCUUGGACACGUCUCACCAGGUGCCGAGAGUGUACAACCUUCCUGGUCCCAACCUCCCUCACCUGAGCCGCAACAAGCCCCUCCACCGAGGCCAUCACAAAAUUUUCAUCCGCACCUCACUGCCGACAGAUUGGUCGCCGUUCGAGAGUGAAAUUCAGUUUCGGACCGCAGAUUUCUUGUACUGCCGUGUUGAGAUGUCGGCAGGAAACAUUGAUGAACUUCUAGAGUUAUGGGCUUUAGAUAAGAUGAAAUCUGAUCAAUUGGGUCCCUUCACCUCAUACGAGCAUAUGUACUCCAGCAUUGACGCAAUCCAGCUUGGUGAUGCACCCUGGAAAUGUUUUACUCCGAGUGAUCCCUCUUGGAAGUCAGCGGAGUACGAGGUCUGGUUUCAGGAUCCUGAGGUCAUCAUGACCCAGAUGCUCGACAACCCGGAGUUUGAUGGCCACUUCGAUUACGCACCUUAUAUUGGUCUUGACAAAUCUGGCAAGCGGCGUUGGAGUGACUUCAUGUCAGGCAAUUAUGCUUGGCAUCAUAGUGAUAAAAUCUAUGAAGAGGAUCCCACUACAGAAGGAGCGUUGUACUGUCCUAUCAUUGCAGGCAGUGACAAGACAACCGUCUCUGUCGCAACUGGCCACGUCGAGUACCACCCAUUUUACAUCUCUGGUGGCAACCUCUUCAACACAGUUUGUCGCGCACACCGUAACGCCGUCGCGCCUGCUGGUUUCUUAGCGAUCCCCAAAGGUGACCGAAAGUAUGAUAACGACCCCGCCUUUCGCAAGUUCAAGCGGCAGUUGUACCAUGACUCGAUCGCAGCCAUCCUGAAGACAUUCCGUCCAGGGAUGAUCAAACCUGUGGUCCGCCGCUGCCCUGAUGGCCAUUUUCAGCAUGUGAUCUAUGACCUUGCCGCCUACAUCGCCGAUUACCCUGAGCAGGUUUACCUUGCCGGAAUUGUUCAAAAUUGGUGUCCAAAAUGCACGGCUCUUCCAACAAACUUAGAUGGGUUGGCGGAUAGCCGCUCACGACGAUUCACGGAAGGGCUCGUCAAUGAGCUCGAUUUGAAAAGAUUAUGGGAUGAGUAUGGUAUUGAUGAUGACAUUACUCCGUUUACCUUUCACUUUCCACGUGCCGACAUCCACGAAAUGCUGUCAGCAGAUCUACUUCAUCAAUUGAUCAAGGUCCAAUGGGUCGGCGAUUACCUCUACCUCGAACACGGCAAAGCUCGGGCUAAUGAGAUUUUGGAUGACAUUGACCGCCGUAUUGCAGCAGCACCAUUACUUUCAGGACUUCGCCGCUUUCCGCAUGGUCGCCGGUUCAAGCAGUGGACGGGUGAUGACUCAAAGGCUCUCAUGAAGGUUUACCUUCCAGCCAUCUCGGGAUAUGUACCCCCCGAAAUGGUGCAGUGUAUCAGCGCAUUUUUGGAUGCCUGCUACAUUGCCCGUCGAGCUGACAUCACUCAAGAAUCACUCGCCGCACUCCAAACGGCCAUUGAGAGGUUUCACACGCACCGUGAAAUUUUCCGUACAUGCGGUGUUCAACCCACUGGCUUCAACCUCCCCCAACAGCACUCUCUUGUCCACCUCAUCCACCAAAUCCAGGAGUUUGGUGCUCCUGGCGGGCUAUGCUCAUCAAUCACUGAAUCCCACCACAUUACCGCUGUCAAACGGCCUUGGCGUCGUUCAAACCGCUACGAAGGAUUGGGGCAGAUGCUGCUUACCAAUCAGCGGCUGGACAAGCUCCUUCGAGCACGCACGGAUUUCGUCGAGCGUCGGAUGCUUCCCCCUUCCCAUUUGCCACCUCCAAAACCUAUCAUACCCCUCGGCGACGAUGACGAGGACACUGGCAUCAUCGACGAGUAUGUGACUGGGAAUGUUGCACUGGCAAGAACCCGAAAUUUUUUCGUGUUUGGCAAGCAGCUCAAACGCGCCAAACCUCACAAGCGCCGCCAAACAAUGUGCUAUCUUGCUGAUGGGGAGGAGGGCUUUAUUCGUUACCAAGGCCAAAACCCUCGAGAGGGUAUCCAGAACGCUGCCGACAGACUCACUGAAAUAUGGGAUGAGGAGAAAGAGAAAUAUGUAUCCAUUCCCGAAGGGUACACUGCCCCUCACGACCCCCAAGAUUAUAUUGAUGCCCUAAACUGGGAGAUUGCAGAGGCUGAAACAACUUGCCAUGCUGAGCUCGCCAGUGCCACUCAAAGGGCUAAGCGCAGGGGAGGUGAGGACUGGGAAGCCCCCGAUCCUAUGAUAGAAAGUGACUUGAGUGGCUCAGACUAUGAAGAAACUCAGCGCGACAAGGAGACAGAGAGGGCUCGGCUCAGGUCGAGGGGAAAGCCUGCAACGGACACGGAGGAGGAGGAUGAAGAAGAAGAUCGCGAGAUGCAGCGCGAAUUGCAGGAAGAGAUGAAUUCGAAGGCAUCUGGACGUUCCAAAGGUCUCGCGGCAGCUCAAAGUAAGAGGACCAGCUCUGACAACAAAAAAACUUCACCGAAUCCAACCAUUUCACCACCAGCCGGUAUCUCUUGGGAUGCACUGAAGGCUUCCCUGUCGCCCUCCGAACUCAAUGCCUCUGCAGUGUUGAGAAGUUUCAACCUCAACUUGAUGCCAGAGGAGCUAAUUCCCAAGGUCGACACUGUUUCAUCUCAGAAGCCUUCUCUCAUGGAGAGUGCGCUGUAUCGAUUGUUCGGCAGGAUUGUAUGGCAAUACACAGCUCGUCUCGGCCACCUCAAUAGCUGUUCUCCUGAUUUUGUAAUGGAAAAGGCUAAUUUAUUACAGAAAGAGAAGAGGGCCCCCAAUCAUUACAAUGUAUUCAAGACUUUUGCUAGCAGGUCCAAGCCUGACGACGAUGAUCAUGAGGGCUUGCAGACGUGGAACAAAAACCUCAAUGAGGAGUAUAGGAAGCUCAUGGAAGGUGCAGACACGAGUGAGGAGAAGGAUGAGCGAAUGGCGGAAGCAUUCAAAUUUGUUAAGGAGCAAAUUGCUGAUGAGGGUACCAGUAUUCACGAUGCAUCUUUGCGCUUUGCGGAGCACCUCAAAACAAUUACAGACAUGAUCACGACCAUCAAACGGCGUGAUCAUUCCUUCGACGUCGCUGGCAUACUUGUCUACAGCGGCAAGAAUCGCACUGCGCGAAAUAAGUCCGGGCUCUUUAUGAGCUCUCCUGAACUUCGAGAGCUCUGCAGCAACGAGCAGUGGCCGAUCAGCACGAUCACGGACAUCUUCGUUACUAAAGUCAGGGUGAUGCAUGCCGACUGA